GGGCGGUCCCUCAUCGCCCGGUGCCGCUGGCGGGUGGGCGGCCGCCCUCGCCUCACGCCGCCCCGCCCAUUGGCGGGGACGCACCUCCCCCGACCCUCCUCCGCUUCCCCCCCCCGCCUGCGGCCCGCCGCCAUUUGACAGCGGGGCGGGCCGGUCAGUCGGGGCUUCACCCCCGGCGCCGGGCGCUGCCGGAGCCACCGGCCAUGAAAAUGAGUUGCACAAUUGAAAAAGCCUUAGCAGAUGCGAAAGCACUGGUGGAACGGCUAAGGGAACAUGACAACGCAGCAGAAGCUCUUAUUGAACAGACUACUGCUCUUAACAAGCGGGUUGAAGCAAUGAAACAGUACCAAGAAGAAAUUCAAGAGCUCAAUGAAGUCGCAAGACAUCGUCCUCGGUCUACGUUAGUGAUGGGUAUCCAACAAGAAAACAGACAGAUAAGGGAAUUGCAACAGGAAAAUAAAGAACUUCGCACAUCUCUUGAAGAGCAUCAGUCUGCUUUGGAACUCAUAAUGAGCAAGUACAGAGAACAGAUGUUUAGGUUGCUUAUGGCGAGCAAAAAGGAUGAUCCAAGUAUAAUAAUGAAGCUAAAAGAGCAACAUUCCAAGGAGCUGCAAGUGCAUGUGGACCAAAUUACAGAAAUGGCAGCGGUAAUGAGAAAAGCCAUUGAAAUUGAUGAAAAGCAUGGCUGCAAAGAGCAGGAACGUAUCAUUCAGCUUGAGCAAGAAAACAAAGGCUUGAGAGAAAUUCUUCAAAUAACUAGAGAAUCAUUCCUGAACCUCAAGAAAGAAGAUGCAUCAGAGAGUACGUCUCUGUCAGGAUUAGUAACAAGCAGUGAUUUGAGCCUGAGGAAAAGCUAAAGACUGUGGAAGUCAACAAGCUUCAAUUGCACACUUAACAAACAGAGCAUCAGGGGUCACUUGUCAAGCACUUGUUACUGAAUAGGGCACCAGCAAGCUAAUGCAUCUUAAACUCCUGUUUAGUGGCUUUUAUACUGCGUAAAAGAAAUUAAAAAUGGUAUUGUACAAAAAUCUUAGCGACAGAUUAAUUGCCAUAGAUCUAACUUCAGUAGGAAAUGGAUUAAUGCACUUACUGAAUCGGGAAUUAUUUUUAUAUGAAGUAAUUUUACAGAUAAAAGACAAGAUUUCACAUAAUUUAUGUAAGUUAUUGCUCAUCCAAAGUUCCAGUGCACCUAUUAUAUAAUAAAGGUAAGACUUAAAGUCGGAUCUCUAGCUAAAAACCAGUAACUUAUAAAUAUGCUUUGUGCAUGAUCCACGCCACAUUUUUUUUCCUUUUAGUAAGUUUUUCAUAAAUUCUCAUUUUACAACAAACCUGCAUAAUGGAAAGGGGUCAUAGGCAGCAUAAAACUUAAGGCUUUCUCUUAUUUAGCCACAGGUUAGCCUGUUCCAAUAUAAGGUCAACUGUUUAAACAUAAGGAAUGCUUUUGCAGUUCAAUAUUUAUUUUUUAAAAAUUGAAAAGAAUUCUUUAAAAUAAGUAUACUUAAUUGUAUUUUCAGAACACGAAAAGAGCUGCUCCCACUUUAUUGUUUUCUGGAACACAGGUAGCAUAGCAUAGUUCUGCCUUAGCUUGUACUUUUCUGAGAAAAACCACCAGGCUCAGUUCUCUAUAGGUAAGAAGCCACAUUAGUCCCAUCUAUUUCUUCGCCGAUUGCCUGCCCAAACUUCCUAACUGGGAAGUGGCAGUUUGAAAGCAGCCAAGCAGCGGCGGCGGCAGCAGCAGAAAGGUGGUUGGGGGAAAGAGGGAGCAGCUCUGUGGCAAAGUUGGCAGCCUGCAGGCCUGUAAUCAAUACUCUUAAUUUUUCUUUAAGUACAAAAUAGUCAUCGAGAAGGUUUUUAAGGAAGUUCCAGGUACAUGUUAUGUUUGCACUAGGAAAAGUUUCAGUAUGUUAUACUGACAAAUAGACUGCUCACUCUUAAUCCUGAAAUACUUGUAGAAGUGAAAAGGAAUUGGCUUUUCUAGAUCGAAGCUGGCUUGUAUCAUCUGUGGAUACGAUGGGAGUGCUACACCGGACAGGCCUGUAGUAAAGAGGGGCUGAAAUAAUUCAUGUUUGGCUUUUGUGUGCCAGACCACCACUUCUUGGUCAAAGCAGCAAGAAUGUUCCUAGUAUUGAUGCAUAUCAUAACUUUUUGUCCAGCAUGUUAGUAUAUUCUUUACCUGGAAAGCCUACUCAAAGCAGCAGAGUGAAUGCUUUCAACCACAGAAGACUGUAGAUCUAUGAAUGCCACCCACAGCUGAACAACUUGUCUAGCAAAAUGAGUUGAACUCCUAGUCUGAAAUAACUAUUACUUAAUCAAAUUUGAUUUUCAGUUACAACUAAGUGCGUCAGUUUUAAAUACAAACUUCCUUUGACUCAGUACAGCUUCCCUGGGCUCAAGGUAGAUGCACCACAUGUCUUAGGGUGAACAUUCAGUUUGCAGUGGACUAAUUUAUAGGGAGCUAAGUAUUUUUGUUCUGUUGCUGCCCUCUUUCCCGUAGUGCUUUUAAGAGAAAAAAGUGACACAGUGAGAGAGAGGAGUGUUCAGCAGAGGAAACAAAUGCUAGUUUUCAAUUAACUAAUAGGUAUACCAGGGAAUGCAGUUGAAGGGCUCACAAAGGACAGGUAAAUCAAGCUCUCCAUGUUUUCACAGUGGUUGUUUUUUUUUUAUAAAUGGAGAAACUGCUACUUCUCUUUCCAGGGCUUCUUAGCUUGUUUCUAGGCUUAAGAAUAUAUUGAAGACAUUCAUGUGCAUGGGAAAAAAAAGUUUUAACCAUUUCCAAACUUGCUAAAUGUCUGGGGGGAAUUUUUGGGGAACACUUUAGCUCAAGCACGAAAUACACUUGUCUGCUACUGUUAUCUGUAAAACUUUGCCAAUGCUUCUAUAAUUUAGAUUUUGCAUUUCUACUGUAGCUUGCAAGCUGGUGACUUACCAGAAGCGACAUUUUUUUUUACUGGAGUAUGUUUUGUUGUUGCAAACUUACCAGAAGUUGUAGGUGCAGUUAACUAAGUUACUAUUUUUAAAUGUGUCUUUUCAGACAUUGACUGGUAUUAGAGGCAUUUGUAUCCAUUUAACACUGACUGCAGUUUCAUGGCUGACUUUCUGGUUUGUCUCUUAAAUACCAUCUCCAGAGCCGUAUAGCAGAGAAGGGUGGUUAAUCUGUGGCAGUUCUUUAAGGUUGCUCUAUUAUGAAAUAAUGCUUGAUUAGUGUUUAUUUUUGUAAAUUAAAAAAAAUGUGACUUAAUUUAUCUACUCCUAGUCUUCACGUUUGAUACGUCUCCCCGGUCAAUCCCCUGACCUGAUCAUUUUAGGAUUUUGAAGAACCUUCACAGUGUGUGGAGUGACUAUUUUUCAUUGCAUACCUGUUAUUUUUGUAAUGCAGAUGGCUUGAAAAGAAUUUAUGGCUAGAAUUGUGUACUGUACAGUAAACUUAUUUUAUCAAUAAAGUUGACUGAAAAUACA